UACAUAUACAUAGAAUAGAAAGAGAGGGCAAAGGGAUUUUUAAUGAAGAUUUGCCUUGUAUGAGAGAGAUAAAGGAUAAAUUUAUGAAUGAAAUUUGUGGUUAUAUGAUUUUAAAAUUAUGAAUGAAAUUCAAAUUUCUCAAAUGUGCUAAGCAGUUUCUAUGAAGUAAGCUGUCUGUAUCUUUUUAGCCGUUUGUGGUGUUAUUUACUACUUACUAGUCUAUAGUGAUCUGUGUUUACUAACAAAUAAUUAAUCACAUUCACUUGAUUCUUUGAAAUAAAUUAUAAUAGAAAAAUAAUUUUCAAAAAUGGAAAGUAAUAUUGUUAAUGCUUCCUAUGGAAAAUGUAGGUUCUGUUCAUCAACAGGCCAUCACAGAGACCUCAUGAAAGAAUACAAUUCAAAUGGAAGACGCGAAGUUUAUUACGAAUUGUUUCAAGAAUGUUUUAAUUUAUAUUUGUGUGCAACCAGGUGUUCCCUCAUCUGCUCAUCAUGUGUGCAGAGCCUGCAAGAGGCUAGCAGCUUCCGCAGCAUGGUGGUGGAAGCAGAGAGCCUUAUGAUGAACACACUGGACGAGAAAGAAAGGAUAUUUGUUAAUUUUAGACAAACACCAAAACCUACAGAAAUAGAUGUGAAGCCAGAAAACCUCGCCACAGUGAAACUUGAACAGAGUGACGAACUGGACAGUAUUACUUACGAAUGUGAUGAUGCGUCCGAGGCGUUGUCAGACUACGAGGCUGUGGAAGGGGAGGAAGCAUUGCUGCAACGGUUCUCAGCAGACAUGUUGGCGCCACUGCCUACUGCAGUGAUGCUCAAAAAUAGCAGCUUCUUCCAACAAUUGGAAUUGUUGAAAGAUGAAAUAAUACCAGCAAAAUCAAUAAAGAAUUUAAUAGAACAGUCACCUCGCAAGUCACCAAAGAUAUUCUACAUUACAGAGAAGCUAGCCCAUUCCAACAAUGUCUCGACCAUUCUAGAACAUUCCAACGUCACAGCUUUCAAGAUGAAGAAGAAACCUGGAUACCAGUGCUACUAUUGCAGUAGAAUUUGUGAUACUUUCGAAAAACUACACCAACAUCAGUUAGAAGAAAAUUGUAGAAGAAAUAUCAAGAAUCUACUAAAUAAACUACCAGCAGAGAGUCUAAUAGUCUAUGUGUAUAUAACAGAUGUUAAAUGUACUAUAUGUGAUAGUUUUGUUGCCAACUUAAACGAACUUAAAACGCAUUUGAGUAGAAUACAUAAAAAGAAGUUUUACUCACAAUUCGGUGAUAGAGUUAUACCAUUUAAGUUUACUAAAAACCAAUAUGAAUGUGUGAAUUGUGGUGGUCAUUACGAGACUUUUGGAGCUAUUGAGAGACAUAUGAACGUACAUUUUAGGAAUUAUGUGUGCGAUCAAUGUGGUGCCGGAUAUGUGACCAAAAGUAGAUUGAAAACUCAUGUAAAAUGCUCUCAUUUUAAAGGGAAUUUCCCUUGUGAUAAAUGCAAGAAGACAUUCACAACUAUGUUUAAAUAUAAAUCUCAUGUCGAUGUUGUACAUAAUAUGGUUAAAAAGCAUAAAUGUCCUUAUUGUUUGGAACGGUUUGCAGAUUACCACCAUAGACAAAAACAUAUGGUAGACUCCCAUGGGGAUACCCCAUUGAGAUACAAAUGCAACGUCUGUGACAAUUUAUUCAAAAGGCGUUACGCUUUGUCAUGUCAUAUGAAAAGAAGACAUUUAGAACUCAAAGAUAUUAAAUGUACCCUCUGUUCGUACAAUUGUUAUACAUCUGCUGAAUUAAAGGCACAUAUGGUGAAACAUAACGGUGAAAGGACGUAUGAAUGUGUUGUAUGCAAGAAGUCGUACGCACGGAAAAGGACUCUAAAGGAACAUAUGCGAAUACACAAUAAUGACAGGAGGUAUGUGUGUGUGGUCUGCGGACACGCGUUUGUGCAGAAAUGCAGUCUGAAAGGGCAUAUGAAGGCGCAUCAUAGUGAUCAUCUUGAUAAUGAAAGCUAACUGCAUUAGAUAGUAGUGUGCAAUAGACCACACGACUGAAGUAAGACUUCUUUGAUUAAACAAAAAAGCGCCAUCUAUGAGUCUCCGCCAUAACUGCAUCGCAGCAGGUUCGUGAAGUGUACAAAAUGGGAUUGUUUCAAAAUUAUCUAAAAACGCCAUAUACCUAUUGGUAAAUUAUAAUAACAAACACUGUUUCUUUGAAAAAAAAUUGUAAAUAAUCGAUUACAUAUAUUAAUAUCGCCGAAUAGCGGCGUGAUUUAAAUAUACCCCGUCUGUUCCUACAAUUGUUAUACAUCUGCUGAAUUAAAGGCACAUAUGGUGAAACAUAACGGUGAAAGGACGUAUGAAUGUAUUGUAUGCAAGAAGUAAAGUAAGUAAAGAAAAGGACUCUGAAGGAUAAUAUGCGUAUACACAAUAAUGACAGGAGAUAUGUGUGUGUGGUCUGCGGACAUGCGAUUGUGCAGAAAUGCAGUCUCAAAGGGCAUAUGAAAGGGCAUCACAGUGAUUAUGUCGAUAAUGAUAGCUAAGUGAAUUAGAUAGUACGCCUAGCAAGCGUCAACGAUGUAUACUGUCGAGAGAAAAAAACAAGUGUGCCAUAGACCACACAACUGAAGUAAAACUUAUUUCUAAAAUGAAUAACAAAGCGCCAUCUAUGAACAAGUUCGUGAAGUGUACAAAUAGGGAUUGUUUCGAAGUUCUCUAGGAACGCCAUCUAGUGGUAGUUUAAAAUAAACACUGUUUCUUUACGCAUGUGGAUAGCGGUACGCACGCUACACUAACUUACUUCUUAAAUCAACCGUGCGUAAAGAAGUUUUACUUUAAAAUAGACUAUAUUGUCGGCCAACAACGGUGUAAUUGAAAUAUGGGGUAUAUUUUUGAUGAUCACAAAAACGAAAAUACGACGAAAAACGAUGUAGUGACUGUUGAGAAAACAAUACAAUAUUUCACUUUGGCAACACUCUCUUUAAUCUAUGAACCACUCUUCCUGUAAUGUCUACUUUUGUAAUGUCGGCCCGUAAGAGAUUUUCAUGUGAUCUAAUACCUAAUACAGAAUUAAUCAAGUUCCACUUUGUUUUAUUGGACUACAAGUCCUAACAGUGACUUGUUAUUUGAAUGUUACACCGAGAUACAUAAUUAUUGUUUUGAUAAACAAAAAAUUUGGAAAUUUUGAAACACCCCUAAUGUCAUGAAAUUAUUAAUUAAACUUUCGAUCAUUUCAUCAAUA